CAAAAAUUAAACGUUCCGCCGUUGACGGAACAACGUUGAUACGGGGCAGAUAACGCUAGUCCUAACUAGGAAAUAAGCUAACAAUUAGAUAAGCGUUAGCCUGGCAAUCAUCGCGAUCUUUUGGCGCGGAGGAGCGAACGAUGCGAUCAGAGAGUCAACGGAAAACGGAAAAGGGAUGCAAUAGAUAUUCUAUAUAUUAGCCAUUCCAUUCCUACGUACAUGCAUGGCUCCUCGCGCGCCGAUGAAUAACCCAUAGAGUUCGGUGCUGACCAUCUCUCAAUUCCCAACAUGCGUGAUUUCAUGGACUACAUCCAGCUUGCAUUCUACGAUGCUUCCAAGUGGAACCGCGACAAUUCCUACUCACAGCUAACAACUACGGCGAAUGCGCUCCUCGAUUUCUCUACGCCUGAACGGCUGAAGGUGAAUCUAUCUUCACUUUCAACCCCCCACUUCGCGACGACGUAUACCCUCGGCACGGUGGGAUUAAUAGAUGGCUCUAUAUCCUAUUUAUUCACUACAAUUCCACUUCACGAUACCCCCAGCCGAAGCACUUUAAUACCGCUCCGCAAACUUGUCCCAGGUUACCGACAGAUCUACCCCCCUUCUCUUCCCCCUGCGUUCCCGGCAGCAGAUGGGCGAGACGGAGAUCUAGCUAUCGGAGGCACCGAGGGGGACCUGAAGAAAAAAGCCACGUUACUACAUGCGACACUGCAUCUCCCGCCUCCGACUACGCUCACAGGAUCAUUCCUCCGCCGUUUAUCGCCUACUACCCAACUCUCUCUUGCGUUUUGUUCAAGCCGGGCUCCCGCAUCCAAGUCCGCACCCCAGGCAACGUUAGUUACUCAGAUAUUAUAUGAUACUGGAAAAUACAACUCAGAAUUUCUGUUCAGUACGGACAAUGCACUAUUUGGGUUCAAGGGGCUUUGGAACUUCGGGCCGGAUCCGAGGAAGCAGAACCAGAACGGAGGAGACCCCGCACGGGAGCCAUGCCGGUCUUUACUCUCUCUCCUUUCAGCGGGCGGGGAGGUAUAUUAUUCUCCCGUUUCUUCCGUCGUAGGUCUAUCUACCGGUCUGCGAUUUACUACUUUACCCGCCGCCACCGAAAACCCACAUUCCACAUUCCCUUACACUCUAACAUUGACAUUAACACCCCUAACCGGCUCCAUGUCAACAACAUAUUCACUCCUCGCCUCCCCAAAUCUCGCAUUCAGCUCCCGCUUCGGCUUCAACGUCUAUAGCUGGGAGAGCGAGAUGGUAGCCGGCUGCGAAUUAUGGCGCCGGAGCAAAAAGCUACACACGUUGCAGAGAAACUCUUCUCCGCUUUUUGCUGUAGAUGAUUUGACCUGGGCGAGACGCAAGAUGGGCUUACAGGACGCUGCAGUCUCCGUACAUCCCGAGCGUGAUGGUCUUCCAGGCAUCCAGCGCGACGACCACGACAUGCACCAUCAUCCCCAGCGUCCCCACGCUUCCGAUUCGGUAAUUAAGGUCCGGGUCGACCAGUCCUGGAAUAUCCGUGCAUUGUGGGAAGGCCGGGUUAAGGAGCUCGUUGUGAGUGCUGGUAUUGCGCUGGGACCGAAGUCGCGGUCGUCGCUGUCAUAUGCGUCUUCACUUGCUGCGAGCGGGCCCGGUGCUGCUGGUGGGCUGAGCUCGUAUGGAUGGAAGAGUGUUGGUGUGUCAGUGUUAUACUCGUCGUGAAUGAUGGGGAGAUAUGUAGUGCUGUCACACGUGGCUUUUUUGACGGCCUAUUGGGUAGGUGUUUAAUUGGCCCCAGGGUGUGGUCAUGCCAGGGUUCAUUUCAGAUGUCUCAGCAUUGUGGGUUUUGGCUGCUCUUUUUUGUAUAUAAUUGCUAUAUAUCCCAUGUAUUUCACAUAAUUUUGGCGCCUCGAGAAAAUGAGCCACAUUGGAAGAUACCUUUCUCUGAUUAACAAAUCCACGAGCCACCACCAGCUUUCGCAAGCAUGUUGCGUUUGCCACUCUUAUACAGAUGACAUCUUGAUUCGAAGCUAUAGGCAAAAUGGACUUGGCAGGGCGUGUGAGUGGGGAGAUCCCCUUCCUUGUAUCAAUUCUCCCUCACUGAGCUGUUUGACAUCCUGGUGUUAAGAUGCUUAGAAGUGGAACGAAUAUGAAGAUGAUAUUCCAUUAUUCCAGAUAUCUGCAAAGGUGGUAUAUUUUCUACCGCGGAUUGUACAUGUACUGUAUCUAGGUAUCUAGGUAUGAGUCGGCUGCAAUUGCGGCUCCCUGCGCGGCUGCAUCGUCUUCUCCUUCUAUUUUGGUACCAAGAGUUCAAUCGGUUUCUCUCGUCAGUAUGACGUUUUGAGUUUAGCAUCUCACUGGCUAACUCUCCGCACAGCUUAUGAACGCUAGGAUGAAUGAGGCGCUAAUAAAAUUGCCUUUAGCCAGGGUCUGUGCAAGGUCAGUUGAUAUUUUCAAUCCUUUUGAUUAAACCUGGUUGUCUGAAUGACAGUAAUUGACAGCAUUGACAGGCCCCAGCGACAUGCCCUGGUAGUGUGCAGCUAAGCUAGGUUUAGCGGCUUGGUAGUAUUUAGCUAUUUAUUAUUGAGCAGCGGUUGAAGCAAGCAACUCUAGGGCUCCCCUUCGGCUUGAACUGGCCAAAUAGUGGGGAAUUCUUGCGGUUUCCCACGCUCGAUAAGGAGGAGGAGCCUUGCUCCCUGGGAUUUGCGAUUUGGUGGAGCAGAAGUGGUAGCACCCGUUAAUAUCACACCACUAAUAAUAACAAUCAGUCAAACUCGGGAUUAUUUAAAGAACAGGAAGGGGUUUUCAAUUUUCAGAUCCUUCAUACAUUUCUCCAUCGUAGACCGCCCGACCAGCAGAGAUUUAUAUGGUAAAAUAUGUAUCUGCAUCACUCACACAUGGGGUCAACCAGACCGGUUAUUUAGACCAUGUUCAACGUCAAGCGGCUCCCGAGGGCGCGAGAAAGGGCGAAAAAUUGCAGACAGACAGACACAAAAAUACGAGCGGUCAUAUUAAAUAAAAAAUAAAUUCACUACCGCCAUU